AUCGUUUUUGAGCGAAGCUGUGUAUUCUACAUCUACAUAUAUUGUUUUUGUUUAAGAAAUGUUGAAUACAAAUGUAUAAUUUCUUAUUGAUUCCUAGGCUGUCUGUGAAAGUGCAUCUGCGAGACUUGUGAUAAUGGAUAGCCAGCAGAAGAAGGAUGAUUUGUUAUCACUAAACAAUUAUCAAGCUUUUGAUCAUUGGAUUGGAAUGAGGUGUAAUGCUGGUCAAGACUGUGUGUGGUUAGAUGGCCGAAGAACUGAUUCUGGAUAUCAAUCAUGGGCUCCUAACGAACCAAGCGGUCGGGAUUGUGUUUGGAUUGGUUGGAGAGACAACAACUGGGAUGACACUCAUUGCACAGACUUUAGAAUGUACAUUUGUGAACUUAUCUAACUCUUUGGCAAAUCGGAUAUAUUUUUUCCCGCUAUGUUUUUUCAGCUCAUUCUUUUAAACAUGUGUUGGGAUAAAAAUUCCGUUGCAGAUAGUAAAAAAGAGGUAUUAGUCAAACUCUCAAAUGAAUUAAACAACACAUUCUAAUUCUAUCGGAAAUUUUCCUAUAUAGACAAAGAAAGCCAGAAGCGUGCAUUAUUCUACAACAAUGCACUAGCCGUUUUUAUUUCCUCCCUGUGUGUUUUCAAACCGACGUAUUGACGACGCCAUUUUGCUUGAAAAAUCUGAUAAAUAACAAACAAUUUUUUGUCGAAUUUUGUUGUGAAAACUAUUUAGAAUGAAAGAAAAUGGUUUAAAUAAGAAAAUGAAUUAGAAAACCAUUAUAUUUUAUUCAGUCAUUAACGCUGUAAAGACGUUUAAAGUGUUGUUUACGUGACGCGCAAUGUAGCGCCAAACAGCACGUGCAAAAAAUCAAAUCAAGAACGCUGUUUAAAUGUCGCAAACGAGUUAAAUUUCACAUUUAUUUCAUUAUUUUUACUUUGUAUUUCGCUUGAAAAAUAACGAGAGAAAUAAAAUAAACAAAGUUUUAUCAA